AUGGACAGUCUGAAGGGUGGUGCCGCGCUGGACGCGGCUCAACACCACCCCGUUCACGUUGCUCACGGCCCUCAAGCUUCAACUCAGCAGAAGAACCCCAGCCCCCACAUCAACUGCUCACCUCCCGACUAUUGGAAUAAUUGCACUCACUCCGCGGAUGACGCCGAUGAAAGUGCUACCCCCGACAACAACCAGCACACUAUGAUUCUGAAGAAGGCUGUCCGCGACAUUCUCGAUCACCAUCCCAUCGUUGUGGAUGCCCAGCGAGUCUGGUCAGCUCCGGCCUCGUACCCUAAUAACCGCGACCGCGCCACUGCCAUGCUCUCUGCUUGGACCCAGAACCUGGAGCACCAGCUCAAGUUCCUGACCUCCAAGUUCGUCCCUGGCCCCUCGUUGGUGGUCGAUGGUGGGAAGCCGGUGUCCUUCUAUCCUGUUCCUGGCACGUUCCACCUCUUCGCGCCUACCAACACAGUUCCACUCUCGAGGCGCAUCAAGUAUGGACUUCAGAAGGCAGACUGGGUACCCACUCCGCAGGCUCCCGCCAGCUUCGCACCCAAGCCCGGGCUCCCUCCCUCGGUGCCCAGCGCCGGCUCUAACAACGUCGCGUUCGCCAACGCGGUCAACGAAGAGCAAUCUGAGGCAGUUAAGGUCACUGGCAAACAAGUUAAGGUCACUGGCGAACAAUUCAUUCCCACCCUGGCUUCUGAUGGAUCCUUGAUCCCGGUCUACGACUGGGACGCCAUCUGCGCCGCCGGCAUCGACCUGCUCUCACUGACCGAGAAGCCCCUGUUCUCCUACGAGUAUGUUCCGGUCUGGAGCGCUACCAAGCGCAAGUACAAGUUCUACGCGCAGAAGACGGCGUCGCCACCUCACCCUCUCUCGCCUUCCGGCUUCGGCCCGCUCGGUCGCUUCGAUCCACUCCAGCUCCUCGAGACCGACAUCUCCCAAGAGCUCUACAGCAUGUCGUGCACAGGGUACUGCUGGCUCCCCGACGGCAUUGCGCUGAUCCUUAGUGGCCGACACGAUCUCUACCGCCACUUGCCGCAGGGUCCUAACGCCAAGCGCUUUAACGCGACGUCGCCGUGCGCCCACUACCUCCACCCAGUCUACGACGGACCCAUCCCUAACGAACUGAAGGGUGUCGCCUACUUUGAGCUGCAGUUGUGGAACAGGGGAGGAUCUGCUAGCUGCGACAGCGGGCUGACCGCCUCUGCCUCCGUCGUUGACGGCGACGACAACACGGGCAGCGCUGGUCAGGAGGCUUCGGGAUCGAGGUCUGCACCCGAGAAGGCGUCUCAAUCCCAGCAGUCUGCAGAUGACCAGUCUUGGGGCGAUGACAGUAAGGAGUCAAACGAUACAAACGGAAACCGAGGCAACUCGGGUGGACAAGGCUCAGGAGGAAGUCCGUCCGAGGACGAGUUCGACUCGGACGACAGCUUCGAUUCCCUGUCUUCCUCGUCGGACAGCAAUUCGGACGUUGAGGAGGAGCAGCCACUUCCGCCUCGUCGUCUUCCCCCUGCCAGCGAGAUCCGCAGGGCCAUCCAUCGCCGACUCCCUCCAGCCUUCACCGGCCCCUUCUACCCCAGGCGCGACAUCCCACCUCGCCGCAGGAGCCCUCUGGGUGGGCCCCCCAUCACUCCCCAGGAUCUCGCGGACGCCUCAGACACCGAUGCUCCCGAGGAGGGUACGCCAAACCUCCGCCGCUCGGUCAGUUGGCCUCAUCUGGGUGGCACACCCAGCUCCACCGGCCACGCUAGCUCCAAUAACUUGGCUCCCUUGCGCCGCAAAAAGAACCGAAUGGGCAAGCAAUUCGCCCGCCUUUGGAAUGACAGGCAGUUGCUCCCGCCUGCAAUCAUCACGAACAGCGGUACAGUUCCCCCCGCCAGUGGAGGGGGCUCGACUAGUCGACCCGCCGAUGCCAGCAUUGCCAACCUGGAGCAGUCCGAGUCUCUCACCGUCGCGACGACUUCCGAUGUGAACUCCCCGUCAAACCGCGGGCUCCUUAGGCAUGCUCCGAUGUCGUUCACCACUGAACUCGCCCGUCAGCUUGAGCAGGCCGUGGAUCUGUACGCCUCGCUGAUCGGCCCUUCGAACGGUGUCCGUCCUCCUGCCAGGAAGGUCCCUGCGGCUACCAGCAGCCACCAGUCCGCUGGUGCGAUUGAACUCCCCUCCGCCAACGUCGUCAUUGCCGCCGGCCCCCCUGCCGCUGGCCCUUCCACCACUGGCCCUUCGAUCGCCACCCAAGCCGUCGACGCCACCGACGACUCAGUUGACGAUGCAAUCCCCGUCAACCCUCAUGGCUUGACCUAUCCGCCCACGAACCCCACUCCUUACAACAGCCCUAAUCUCAACCCCACCACCGCACACAGCGCUGCGUCCGACUCUUCCGGUGCGGGCUCAUUUAUUCUCGUGGAGGAAGACCAUGACCCGCAGUGCGAGGUCGCAGUUCAUCGCUUGCUGGGUCUCUCUGGUGGCGAGUGCUCCUGUUGGAGCUUGGUCGACAGGCGUCCCAGCGACCCGUCUGAUUACGACGGCGAUACCGAGUAG